CUUGUUUCAAAAAAUUUAACCAACCGCCCGUUCCGUCCGUUAUCCCAUAAGAAAUUAGUAAAUUACUAAAAAUUAGAAAAACUAAAUAUUAUUGAAAAAUAUUUCCCAAAUAAACCCUUAUCUCCAAGGCCCAAACCCAACCAUUACUCCUUCUAUUCUCGUUCUCUCUUCCCCAAAUUCCUUCUCCCAAAAUCAGAGCUCUCUGCUCUCCUAUAAUCCACUGCAAAAGAGCAAGUCAAUUCAUUAUUAACCAAAAUUCAGAAGGCCUCGCCUUGUUCCCUCAAUUUGAAAAACCCUAGUCACUUAAACAGGUGAUGUUAAUCUGCGAGCUUGCAUCAGCGACCGCCAGAAAAUCUGGCAAUUCGGGGGUAGAAAUAGAGUUGGAUGGCCACUGAUGGCUAGAGCGGCGAGGAUGACGACAACCGGUGAGUUAGCAAAGGGCGAGAUCUACGCCAGAUGCUGGUGAACUGAGAGAAGGACGGCGGUGAUGGUUAGAUUCGGCGACGAUGGGAAGAGAUAGCGGUGGCAUCUGGUGAUUUCAAAGUGGCUUUCCCCGGCCGAUUUCAUCAGAGAAGGAUGGUCGUCAGAAAGUCGCGCUUUCAUUUCAGAGAAUCCGCGCUCUCAUAAUAAGUAAUUCGCGAUUUUUGGGUGCUCUGCGGAAAAAUCGCGUUUUAGCGAAUUAGAGCGGGAUUGUUGGGGCUGCAGAGGCGAAUUGGGUUACCUAAGUUAUUCCCCGUUUCCUAGCGGAAAGUGGAUACUGCUCAUUAAUGAGGUCAUUUGUUCGAUCCCUGCCAGCGACUACUUUUUUUUGCUUAUCUCCUCUUUUCCUAAAUGCCGCCGUUUUGCCCACUAAAAGUAAAACCCUACAAGCAGCUAAACUCGAUCCCUCUCCCGCGCCUGAGAAGAGAAGCAGCAGCGACGACCGCGUCUGCAACGGGAAGCAGCGAAAGGCGAAUCCUUCGUCCAGUCGGCGAAAUCAAGCAGCAGCGACGCGAUUCUCCACCGUCGAAGAGAACCUACAGCCGGUCGCCAUCUCCCUCCUCCACCCGACGAUUCGUUCGAGCCUCUCCAUCGGACGAAUCCUCUCCUCCAGCAGCGUCGAAACAGCCGGCCGUCCCGCUCCCCAGCAGCAUCGACGAUCUCCUCUGCUUGAGGUUAGUCCUCUUCCAACUUUGCCUUGUGUAGGAACAGAACAUAUUGCCUCCAUGAAAGAUUUCCUUCUCCACAAAGAUUUACUUGCUCCCCUGUUUGGUUCUCUUGAAAGUCUACCCAUUUCCAUGUUUGAUUCAUGUGUCUAUGAUAUGAUAACUGAUUCUGAUGUAAUUCGCCAAGCUUUGGGCCAUCGUUGAAGUUUUUGGUGGUUUAAUUAGCUAGCUCGGAUGUCAAUUAUCUCCUCCUGUGCUCGUCAAAUUUGCUGAAUGUGGUGGUUUAAUUAGCUAGCGGUGAAGUGUGUGAAAGACUUGUUAGAACUUGCAAUUUGUUUGCCCUUUUGUGAAUUGUAUGCCCUUUUGUUUGUUUGUAAUCUGUUUGGCAAUUGAUGAAGUGUGUGAUCUGAGGUUGUUUCUUGUUUGUUCCUUACUUGUAUAAUUAGUUGAGUAGUUACAAAUCCACUUAGAGCAAUAACUGUCGAUUUGAGGACUAAGAUCUGACUACUGAUGAGCAACUGAAAGUAGGUGGUGAUUUUGGCACUUAGAGCAGUUUCUGUGACUAAUGGGAAGGGUGAUUGGUGUAUCUGGAGUCCUUUUUUGGGCGGUGGGUUUGGUUGGGAUAUGUAGAUGGCUUUGUUGUUUGAAUUGUAGUUUGAUAAGCAAUGGAUGGUAAUGAGGUGGAAAACAAUACUUCAAUUACGAUACUUUAUUUGAAGAGUAUCGAGAUUAUUGCAUGAAAGAGAAUGUCAAUGAAGUGCAAUGAGGGCAAUAAAGGAACUUAUUCGAC